AGACGGCGCAGUUGAGCUGGACGGAUUGAGGCACCAAGCGUGCCUGUGGUGUUUACGGCAGGUUUUUCGUGGUUACGGUGGUUAAGGCGCAUAAUUCUGGGCGGCAUCACUGUUAGAAAAAAGCAAACUGCUGCAGAGUCGGCCUGAGGGCAAAUUAAAAUGGCCUCCAAUGAGGAUGAGUCAUUUGUGGGCUGUGGUCGUGGUGGUCGUGGAGCACUUCUUCUGGCUGCCUUGCAGAAGCAAGCCAGGCGCCCUGGCUCCGAUGGCUCUCAACAAGCACCUCCCACGGCUGAUAGCCCUGAUUCAGGCCGUGGAAGCGGCGCAUCGUCGUCAAGCCCCGAUUCAGGGAGAUCAAGCGGUGCAUCGCUGUCGCCCGCAGCGGAGUCGCCUGGUGUUUCUCCACUGCCGAUGAUGGGCCGUGGAGCCAUUCUUGGGAGCAUGAUGGCACGUCAGAUGACCCCAAGCCCUUCAGGAUUGCCAUCAGAGCAGGCAGCAGCCAAAACAGGUGCCCAACAGAUAACUGGGAGAGGUGCAGCACUUGGGCGCAGUGUGAUGCAAGCACCAGUUGGGAGGGGCAUGGCCGCAGCUCGGUCACCGGCAGGCGGGCAAAUGCCAUCUACUUCAGCACAGCAACCACGAGCUGCCCCGCAAGCACAAGCACCUCCACCGCGAGCUGUUGUGCCGUCCACCUCUGCGGCUGCUCAAGCAAGGGUUGAGCCUCUGGUUGCUGAAAUGUCAGAACUGUGUGUCAAGCAAUUCAGGGGAACUGCAGGCAAGCCUGUCCCGUUGGAGGUGAACUAUGUGCGCCUGGCCACCAAGCAAGGCAUGGGUGUGUUUGAGUACCAUGUUGACUAUGUGCCUGUCAUUGACUCCAAGCGCACGCGGUGUCAGCUGCUUAGCAGUGACCCAGUGCUGGCAGUUAUUGGCCGGACACGUGUCUUUGAUGGCAUGAAGCUCUACCUUCCACACCAGCUGCAACAGCAGGUUUGACGUAUACAAUUCGUACCCAAGUGACUACAAAGCCAAGGCUGUGCAUGCCAUUGUUGGUGCGAUUGUGAUGACACGGUACAAUUACCGUACAUAUAGAGUAGAUGACAUUGCUUGGGACCUCAAGCCUUCCUCAACUUUCACAUUCCACUCUGGAGAGGUCAUCAGUUACAUCGACUACUACAAGCGUAUUUACAACAUUGAGAUUCAGGACUUUGACCAGCCACUACUUUUGCAUAGGGACAAGCCAAGAAAAAAUGCACCGGAGUCCGAGGAGCCACGGUUGGUGUGCCUGGUGCCUGAACUUUGCACGCUGACAGGCCUGACUGACGAGAUGCGUGCAGAUUUCCGGGUCAUGAAGGACAUAGCAGGGCACACAAGAGUGAACCCAAAUCAAAGGCAGUUCUCGCUGACCCAGUAUGUGAAGAGAGUGCAGGAUUGCCCAGAUGCUAUGAAGGUCCUUGGCGAUUGGGGUGUCUCACUGCAGUCCUGUGCCUUGAAUCUUGAAGGCCGUAUCUUGCCAGAAGAGAAAGUAAUGAUGAAAUCCAAGACCCACUACCACAAUGGCACAGCCGACUGGGGCCGCCUUCUCUCACAAGACUCUGUCAUCAGACCUGUGCAUCUCGAGAACUGGGUUGUUAUCUUCGCAAGGCGUGACGGAGAGCGUACACGAGGGUUCACACAAAUGAUGUCCAAGGUGUGCCCCUCAAUGGGCAUUAACGUGCGGCCACCGCAGUUUCGUGAACUUCCCAAUGACAGCACAGACUCCUAUGUACGUGCCAUCAAAGAUGUGCUCAGCAAAAUGGUGCAGGUCAUUGUGAUCAUCUUCCCUACAUCACGAGAUGACCGCUACAGUGCAGUGAAGCGGCUGUGCUGUGUGGAUAUGCCUGUGCCUUCACAGGUUAUCAUUUCCAACACCAUCGGACAGCAGCAAAAGCUGCGUAGUGUCACACAGAAAGUUGCUCUGCAGAUCAACUGCAAGCUUGGUGGAGAGCUCUGGGCAGUGGACAUUCCCAUGCAAAAUGUGAUGGUAGUAGGUGUGGAUGUAUACCAUGACCUCACUCGUGGCAGGCAGUCUGUGCUGGGUUUUGUAGCCAGCAUGAACCACAACAUGACACGCUGGUUCUCCAAGUGCGCCUUCCAGGAGCCAGGCAAAGAGCUUGUCAACUGCCUCAAGGUAGCUUUCCUGGAGGCCCUGGUGAAGUUCUACGAGGUGAACCAUCGUCGUCCGGAUCGCAUCUUCAUCUUUCGUGAUGGUGUGGGUGAUGGUCAGCUGACUUAUGUCAGCGAAUACGAGAUCGAGCAACUGAUCAGUGCUUUCACCUGUGUGAGUCCAGACUACAAUCCAGCUAUUGCUGUAGUGGUUGUCCAGAAGCGCAUCAACACCCGCAUCUUCGCAAAGCUGAAUGCAAAAGAAUUGGACAACCCAACGCCAGGAACAGUCGUGGAUCACACCAUCACGCGGACAGACUGGUGCGACUUCUUUCUAGUGUCUCAGAAGGUGCGGCAAGGAACAGUGUCGCCUACACACUACAUUGUGUUGCGGAACACAACUGGACUGUCACCUGACCACAUUCAGCGGCUCACUUACAAGCUCACACACUUGUACUACAACUGGCCGGGUUGUGUCCGUGUGCCUGCUCCUUGCCAGUAUGCACACAAGUUGGCUAACCUGGUCGGUGACAACAUCCACAAGGAACCAAGCCCGUUGCUCUGUGAUCGCCUCUUCUAUUUGUGAAGGCCACAGUUUCACGUGAAGAUGCUCAAGAGACCUGAGAGCACACCCCGAUCACUGCCAUUUUUUUUUUCAGUCUCGUAUUUGUUCUCUAAUGUCGUCCUUGUCAUUUUUUUCUUUCGUCAUGUGAAGCAGUCAUUUUGAAGAAAUGUUGCUAUCACUCUUUUUUUCUCUCUUUAUAUUGCUCUAAGUGAAAGUGACUUCCUACAGAAUUUUUUUCAUUGUUCACAGCCCUGAAGGUAUUUUAUUCUGUGCGUGUGAGCAAGUGUGUAGAAAUUAUGCUACAUUUAGUUGUCAUAGUUGUAAUUAUUUUACCGUUCCAUCUUUUAAUGCAGCUCCAUAGUCUUCUCAUGUUUGCAUGUUCAUUGGAAGUAAUUUACUCGUACUCAUUUCAUUCAAUCUCAUUUAAUAUGUGGCAAAAGUGCCUUACUAGUCACAGUUGUAUUUGCGUUUCACACUGUUCAUUGGCCCCAUUUUGAUGAAAUGGGGUACGUGCAAGAAAAUGUCUGAGAAAUGCGGUCGACAGGAACAAUCGGAAACCAUUUACUUGCGGGAGAUUGACUUGUACGCAUGCGAUUAUUGCUUUCUGAUGUGGACAUUUUUUGAGAACAUGCUGAACUUUGUUUUGCUGUGUUACGAAUUAUUUCCCUACAAGUUAAGUCUGCUUGUACAUAACUGGCUUGUGUGCAAAUAAAUCUUGUUAAUACUGCU